UUAUCCUCUUGUCAUGCAGACUUCGUCAGCUGUGUGCUGCUGCUGACCCUGAAUUGGCGCACAUCCACCGGAAUCCCGGUCCCCGCUCCGACCCAAGAAAAUCGCGAAGAGUGCUCGUCGCUCCUUAAGAACCUCGUGAAGGAUUUGCCUGAGCUUCUCAACAACAGCGUUUUGUGUUUUGGCAUAACAUCCGAUAAAGUGGAUCUGUUGAGCAAUGAGACCGUGCUGGCAUGCGCACCCAAUGAGAAUUCAAGUUGCAUGAUGCAAAGAACUUCCUCCUUCAGUGAGAGUGACUGUCUGAGGAACAUCAUGAGGGACUUCGCCUACUAUGAUGCUGCUAUUCAGUCCUACCUCAAGACCCCGCUCAGAAGUCCCAAGGAAGAAACUGAACUUCUGAAACCAACUCUGGAGACAAUACAGAGCCUGAGGAAGUGUUCCCCGAAGCCGAAUGAAGAGAGCGAGUCUUCAGAGGAGGAGGUUGACCAGAACUGGGGCGAAGACUCCUUCGGUAACCGGCACAGGAUGUGUAAGAUAAUGAGAGGCUUCCAUGUCCGCACCAUCACCAUCAACCGAGCCAUGGGCUACAUCUACUCUGGAGACUACAGGAAGUAGACAUCCUGCUGCAUCAUCAUCAUCAUCAUCAUCAUCAUCAUCCUCCUUCCAAUCAAAUCACAAUAUCUCCAUUCCUUUAGUUUAUCCCAAGUGAACAAGCUGACCACACAAUUCAGUACCGCUGCUUCCAACUAACAACCAAGUGCUUCACACCUCGCACAACUGUUCAGACCUGUGGGACAGUGAAAUUAUUGCUAAUGUUAGCAUAAGAGGCCAUGUUGGCCGAUGUAAGUGUGUAAUGUAUUCCAAUAUUUGGGGGAAUGUAUUUAUUUAUUUAAGAUCUAUUUAUUGCAUUUAUUUAUUUAUUUAUUUAUUUGGCCUGUAAAAUUAUUUAUUGUUAUUUAUAAUAAAGUCUUUCUCAUAUCAAGUGCCGGAGUUGAAGUGAUUAUUGAAUGAAGCCGACGACAUUUAAUAACAGACUUAAAAGGAAAAUCAGGAGAGACACUGUUUCGUUUUAUUCAGUCCCCAUCUCUUUUUAUUUCGGAAGCUUUUGGAGAGAUUCUGACCUGAUAGAAACAAGUGGAAACGAGCGCUAGGACGGAGAGUUGGUGGUGAACGCUAUGAGGGAGCAUCUUCUCUGAAUGUAAACAUUACUACAUAACAUCGGCUGAUUCAGCCUUCUGCCACUUUUCUCAAAUAGUGUUGAGAUUUUCCCCAGGCGGUUUACAGUGUAGUUUGAUGUUUCUAGUAUCUAUGUCAGUGAUACAAGACCUGAAAAACUUACGG